AUGAAGUGGGAGGGGAGCAGCCCGAAGGGGUGCCGAGAGGUGGAGGGGCUUGGUGGCUUGGCCAGGAGGCCAGGGUCCCUGGAUCCCAAUCCUGGGUUCUGCCCCUCCCCCUCAGCCCUGCCCUACCUCCCCGUGCUUAAGCAUUGGGAAUCAUUAACAUUCAAGGAUGGGGCCGUGGACUUCACCCCAGAGGAGUGGGGAUGCCUGGGCCCUUCUGAGAAGGAGCUGUACAGGAAUGUGAUGCUGGAGAAUUAUGGGCAUCUGGUCUAUCUGGGACUCGCUAUUUCCAAGCCAGAUGUGAUCUGCCAUUCGGAGAGAGGGGACCCUCCUUGGAAGCCAGUGAUUAAAGUCCCAAGGACCAGCUUUCCAGGUAAGAUUCAUACUGGGGAGAAACCUAAAUAUCCUGAAUGUGGAAAGAGCUUCAGGAGAAGCACAGAGACUACAGAAAAUCAGAAAAUUUGUACUGGAGAGAAAUCCCUUGGAUAUGAUGUAGGUGUGAAGAACUUCUGGAAGGCAGCUCUCACUCCACAUGUGAAAGUACUUUGGGGGAAGAAAUUUUACGAAUGUUAUGAACGUGGAAAAGCAUUCCACAGGAAGACAUCCCUUAGCCAACAUCAGAUGAGUCAUACUAGAGAGAAGUCUUAUGAAUGUAGUGAAUGUGGGAAGGCCUUCCGUAGGAAAGGAGUCCUUACUCAACAUGUGGAAAUUCACACUGGAGAGAAACCUUAUGAAUGUGGUGAAUGUAAAAAGACCUUUCAAAGAAAGACAACCCUUAUUCUACAUCAGACAACUCAUACUGGUGAAAAACCUUUUGAAUGUAGUGAAUGUAGCAAGACCUUUACCUAUAAAUCAUAUCUUACUCAACAUAGGAGAAUUCAUACUGGAAAGAAACCUUAUAAAUGUAAUGAAUGUGGGAAGGCCUUUAACAGGAGACCAGAGUUUACUCAACAUCAGAGGAUUCAUACCACAGAAAAACCAUAUGAAUGUCAUGAGUGUGGGAAGGCCUUUCAUUGGAAAAGAGUUGUUACCCAGCAUCAGAAAAUUCAUACUGGAAAGAAACCUUUUAAAUGUAACAAAUGUGGGAAGGCUUUCCCAUUUAAUUCAUAUCUCAAUCAACAUAUGAGAAUUCAUACUGGAGAGAAACCUUAUGAAUGUCAUGAAUGUGGGAAGGCUUUUCACAGGAAGACAACCCUUGUUAAACAUCAGAGAAUUCAUACU